AUACAUACACCUUACUCCCGUUCUCUUGAAAUUUCUCUGUAUCUCCAAUAAACCCUCUACCAAGCAAAGAAAAAUGUUUAAGUUCGUUCAAUUCGAAGGAUUAUACACCAAAACCCAAAACCUCAUGUGGCUCGAAAUUCACUCAUCGCAGUCGGAUUGGUAGUGUUUUUGGGGCUUCGUAUUAGCUAAUUAUCUUAGCUGUGGUAAUGGCUGGACUUAGGAUUUCAAGGCUAAAGUCACUAUGUAGUUCCGUUAACCCUUCAAAACUGCAUUCCGCCAACCUGUUCACAAAACCUGCGAGAUUUGGUAAUCAAAGUCUUGUAAGAUCCUCAUAUGCUCUUUCAAAUCAAGAUUAUGAAAGAAAAGAGUUCACAGUAGGUACAUAUAAGGCAAAUGAUCGUCAUAAAAUUUUGAGUUCUAAAACUUAUGUUGUUACCCAAUGCUUGAAAGCAUCCAUAUUCUCAACCGCAUCGAUGAACUCUGUAUUGAGCUCUCGGUCAUUUUCAUCAUCUUCUGGGGUCAAUAAGGUUGACAAAGCUCAGGAUGUUUCAGCGGCUUCUAGUACUGGGAAUGUUGGUAACAGCGGUGACGCUGGAAUUGACUGGACUGACAGGGUUAGAGAUGCUUGGCAGAAUGCUCUUGAUGUAAUGACUCCUAUCGGACAAAAGACUAAAGAGGCGUUUGAUGAACUGAUCCCUUAUGGUCAGCAGUUGCUUGAUUCACAUCCGUAUCUCAAAGAUGUGAUUGUUCCAGUUGGUUAUACUUUCGCUGGUACUAUAUUGGCGUGGCUGGUGAUGCCUAAGCUUUUGAGACUGUGUCAUAAAUAUGCUGCUCAAACCCCUGCUGCAAUGAUAUCUAAAAGCUUAUCAGGGGAGCCAGUUCCAUAUGAGAACAGCUUUUGGGGUGCUUUAGAGGAUCCUGUGCGUUAUUUGGUUACUUUUAUGGCAUUUUUAAAAAUUGCCGCAAUCACAGCGCCAACUACCAUAGCCUCACAGUACCUAGAACAGGGAUGGAGGGGUGCAGUUGUUGUUUCAUUUGUCUGGUUUCUAUAUCGGUGGAAGACAAAUGUGUUUAGUCGUGCAUUGGGUGCUCAGAGUUUGUCAUUCAUUGAUAAAGAAAGGAUGUUAACUCUUGACCGAAUUUCUUCUAUUGGUCUUUUUGUUAUUGCGCUAAUGGCCUCAGCUGAGGCAUGUGGAGUGGCUGUGCAGUCUAUUUUAACUGUCGGUGGUAUAGGAGGGGUGGCCACUGCUUUUGCUGCUAGAGAUGUCCUUGGGAAUGUGCUCAGUGGGUUGUCUUUGCAGUUUUCUAAGCCUUUUUCACUUGGAGAUACUAUAAAGGCUGGAUCUGUAGAAGGUCAAGUGAUUGAAAUGGGACUUACCAAUACAGUGUUGCUGAACCCUGAGAAAUUUCCUGUCUCAGUUCCAAAUUCAUUAUUUUCUAGCCAGGUUAUUGUGAAUAAAUCACGUGCCCAAUGGCGUGCUAUGCUCACUAAAAUUCCUGUGAGAAUUGAAGAUUUGGAUAAGAUACCUCAAGUAUCAAAUGACAUUGAAAACAUGCUAAAGUCAAACCCAAAAGUUUUCUUGGGAAAGGAGCCCCCAUACUGUUUCUUGUCUAGGAUAGAAGGCUCUUUUGCAGAACUGACUAUUGGAUGCAAUCUCAAACCCUUGAGCAAAUAUGAACUCUUCUCCGAGGAACAAAAUAUUGUUCUGCAGUCAGUCAAGAUAUUACAGAAUCAUGGUGGUGCAUUGGGUAAUAAAUUUACCUGGCAAGAAUCCAGUUAGUGAUGUUGCAGAUAGAUGAGGUUCUUUAUGCUAGAGGUCAGAUGGUUCCCUGCCUAUGCAUAUGGUGCUUAGAAACUACUCCACUUGAAAAUCAUUAUGAUGUAAAGGCAGAAUUGAAGCUGACUGACGUUGACAGAAAUUAAGAGUUUUGCUCAUCCAUAUUGUGCAGAUGAAAUGGGAAUUGGGUACAUAAAAGAAAAGAAAAUGAAUGGAAGACAUGGACAAAGCAUGUUUUCUUUUAAAGUUGUACAUCAGAUUGCGUGAUUUUCCUAAUGUUGUGUGGAUGAUAUUUUUGUGCAGCAAAAUGAAUUUUGCAAGUUCAGGUUUUUAGAGUAAAGCUAUUUGGUGGGUAAAUUGUUGAAAACCAACUCAACUCUUUUUCCUUUCAAUCAUAUGGAAUAUGUUAAUGAAACAAA